AUUUACACACACACAUUCUCAUUCUCUCGGAAAUAUCUGAAUAAUUUUUAACUUUUAGUGAAAAUUGAGUGAAAAUUCUUAAAGGAAUCGAUGAGAACUAAAAAGAGAAGAUGAAUAAUGUUGUAUCUCUUGUACUCGUUGGUUUUCUUUGGGGAGCUACGAAUCCUUUAAUAAAGAAAGGCUCCCAAGGAAUUCAGCAUGUGGAAGCUAACUCUAAAAUCCAGAAACUCUUCCUUGAAAUUAAAUUCAUUAUCACGAGGUGGCAGUAUUGGAUUCCAUUCCUUUUAAAUCAGUCAGGAAGUUUGGUCUAUUUCUUAACAUUGCAAAAUACUGAAUUGUCUCUAGCAGUUCCUGUAGCCAAUUCCUUAACAUUUGUUUUUACUGCAAUUACUGCAAAAAUCCUAGGAGAGCAGCAACUUCACACAAGAGAACUUUUGGGAAUACUUCUGAUUCUCACAGGAACGACUGUUUGUAUGGUUGAUAGAGCAUGGAAAGAUACCAAGCAGGGAUCUUGAUAAAAGUUAAUUAAUUUUCAUUAAAUGAGAGACUGAGAAUUUUAAAUCUGUGGGUAUUGUUCUUACAAUACUCUAAAAUUUGUGAUAACAAAUAAA